AAAGGAGAAAUUACCCAGAAUGGCCAAAUCACACACCUUCAUCGUCGAACAUCUCGAUCCGGAACUGGAAGACUGGCAAGCUCUCGAAUACAACACCAUCUCGUCCGAAUCCGCCUCGUCCAACUCCAAAUUCCUCCUCUCCGGCCUCACGCCAUCCUUUUCCAAAUUCGAAAAACUCACCAUCCCGAGUAUAGAGCGGACAGAGCGGACAGUGGAGUCCAUCUAUUCAACUGCAGCGGAAAGGCAAAAAGUCUGUCUCCUCGAUCCCAAAGCUGAGAGAGAUCUAAGUCCCGAGGAUGGUGAAAUUUUUGAUGUAUUUCUGUUUGGUGGCAUCUUAGGCGACGAUCCCCCCAGAGACCGCACAGGAGACCUCAGGAAGUUGGGCUUUCCGGGGAGGAGGCUGGGGCCAGAGCAGAUGACUACUGAUACUGCUGUGAGGACUACGAGAAUUGUGGUGCAGGAGGGAAAGAAGCUCAGCGAGAUUGAGUACAUUGACAGGCCGGAGAUUCCUAUCACGGAUGAGAAUGGCAAGAUCAAGGCCAACGAAACGAUCGAGAUGCCGUUCAAGUAUGUGAAGGGAAGUGAUGGAAAGCCGAUUAUACCGGAGGGUAUGCUGGAGUUGCUCGCGAACGAUGCCGAAAAGGACAUUUUGGACCUGUUGUAGAGACUGGCUGCAUGUAGAGAGUGGCAGAUCGGAUUACGGCCGACGCGAUUGAUGCUCUUCAGCUGCUCUGAGCUACCAAAGCAGUCGCGCCAAGGAUGUGAUGAGCAGCAAUCGCAAAGGUGGACGGCAACUGAGGACCGUCUAGAUGGAGGAACAGGUCUCUGGCCUCUCAAUACCUCGCAUGCGGCUAGCGACUGUACCAACGAUGAGCCACAAGCACUGCUCGCUCAACAGUCUAAAGGAGACGGUAUUGGCACGAGCGAAGGGGACCAAAGUGUGGCGACCAGAACGACGAUCAUGCGACCAAAGACCACAAUGCGGCAUAUGUAUGAGUGAAGUAUGACUAGAUGUGUCAAUCAAAUGAUGCGUGCAC